AAAAAAGUCUACGGAGAAAGCUUUGACUCGGUGUUGAUAACGAGAAACUCCUUUACUUUUCAACAUCUUCACAGAAAUAGCCGCCCUCUCUUGUAAAUACGAAGCCACCACCACUUGUUUUGUUGUUCAUCUAAUUUCAUUUCAUGCUUCUCAUGAUACAUUCUGCAAUUUUUCAAACUCUUUGAUUUUUAUAAUCAUUUGUUUCUGCAAUCCAUCUGGCGAACAUUAUAUUGCUUGAUGAGCUAAGCUGCCGUCUUUUUGUUCUCUCUGGGUCGUCGGAAUUUGAGCUAGUUUAGCUAAAGUUCCGAUCUUUCUUCUCUGGGUCAUCGGAAUUUGAGCUCAAAUCAUGGGCAAUUGUUUUGCGAAGAGUGGAUUGAUAAAGCCUCAGCAAAAUGGGCAGACAAGAUCAGUUGAAGCUGAUCACCGAGGAGUAGGGACCCACCAAGAUCCGCCGUCGUAUACUCCGCAGCCGAGAAGCCAGACGCCGGAGAAACCAGCCUCCGAGGUGAAUCAACCACCGCCGUGGAGAAUGGCGGCGGCAGCACCAGGACCAAGCCCCAAAACCACAAAGAGCAAUUCGAUUCUAGAGAACGCUUUCGAAGACGUGAAGCUGUUCUACACACUGGGGAAAGAGCUAGGCCGAGGACAAUUCGGGGUGACGUAUCUGUGCACAGAGAACUCGACGGGGAAGAAGUACGCUUGCAAAUCGAUCUCGAAGAAGAAGCUGGUGACGAAAGCUGAUAAGGAUGAUAUGAGGAGAGAGAUCCAGAUAAUGCAGCAUCUGAGUGGGCAGCCUAAUAUUGUGGAGUUUAAAGGAGCUUAUGAGGACGAGAAGGCCGUGAAUCUGGUGAUGGAGCUUUGCGCUGGUGGUGAGUUGUUCGAUAGGAUCAUUGCUAAGGGACAUUACAGCGAGAGAGCAGCUGCUUCUGUCUGUAGACAGAUUGUGAAUGUCGUCAAGAUUUGUCAUUUCAUGGGUGUGUUGCAUAGAGACUUGAAGCCUGAGAAUUUCUUGCUUUCUAGCAAAGAUGAGAAGGCUUUGAUCAAGGCUACUGAUUUCGGCUUGUCUGUCUUCAUUGAAGAGGGGAAAGUAUAUAGAGAUAUCGUUGGGAGUGCAUACUAUGUUGCUCCUGAAGUCUUACGUCGUAGAUACGGGAAAGAAGUUGAUAUAUGGAGUGCCGGAAUCAUAUUAUACAUUCUACUCAGUGGUGUGCCACCGUUUUGGGCUGAGACGGAGAAAGGGAUAUUUGAUGCUAUAUUGGAAGGCCAUAUCGACUUUGAGAGCCAGCCGUGGCCGUCAAUCUCCAGUAGUGCCAAAGAUUUGGUGCGUAAAAUGUUGACUGCUGAUCCAAAAAGGCGCAUCUCUGCUGCUGAUGUUCUUCAGCAUCCAUGGCUUAGAGAAGGUGGAGAAGCAUCGGACAAGCCUAUUGAUAGCGCUGUUCUCUCAAGGAUGAAACAGUUUAGAGCAAUGAAUAAACUCAAGAAGCUUGCUUUAAAGGUCAUCGCGGAGAAUAUUAACACGGAAGAGAUACAAGGAUUGAAGGCAAUGUUUGCUAACAUAGACACAGACAACAGUGGCUCAAUCACAUAUGAAGAACUGAAAGAAGGAUUAGCCAAAUUGGGAUCAAAACUCACAGAAACAGAAGUGAAGCAGCUCAUGGAUGCUGCUGAUGUUGAUGGAAACGGGUCGAUAGACUACAUCGAGUUCAUCACUGCAACAAUGCAUAGGCACAGGCUUGAAAGUAAUGAGAAUCUCUACAAAGCGUUCCAGCAUUUUGACAAAGACAGCAGCGGAUACAUUACAAUAGACGAGCUGGAAGUGGCGUUGAAGGAAUAUGGAAUGGGAGAUGAUGCAACAAUCAAAGAAGUUCUCUCAGAUGUCGACUCCGAUAACGAUGGUAGAAUCAACUACGAAGAGUUCUGCGCGAUGAUGAGAAGUGGUAAUCCACAACCACAACAACCGCGACUGUUCUAGUGGACACUGCUCCUGGAUUCAAAAGUCUUUUCCAUUGUUUACGAGAUUAAGAAGAGAGACGGGAAUAACACCGUUUGGGGACGUAUUGUAUCUAAAUCUAGAAAGACAGGAGCUGUAUUAAUGUUUGUUCAGACAAAACUAGCCACAUAAGAGGAAGGUACUCAAAACUCUGAUUGCUUGUGUUUUGUAUUUUUUUUUUUGGCUCUUCUGUUUUGUCCUUUAUGUUCUAUACCAAGGCUGUUGUGAUAUGAGAGAGAGUGAGAGAGAGAUUUCAUUCUUUUAAGGGGUUGAUUUUAUAAGAGAAAAUUAUUCAAAAUGGACAUUCAUAGUUACCAAUAA